UUCCUGCACAAACUUCAUUCCACUCCACAGAGGGAGAACAUAUGUUGGAGACUUAACAAAGAGAGAACAGAGAGAGUAGACGAACAAAGCUCUCAGAUUGGACUUAUUUUUUGUUCUUGGAUUACUUCUCUCAAGUCAGGGUCUUAAUGCAAUUGUGUCUUCGAGUGUAUGAAUGUAAAAGUUUGUGUGUGAAGUGUAAAUGUGAUUGUAACUGUUUCUAGACAUGGAUACAUCCUUUGCUGUGAGCUCUCUUCUCCUUACCCUUCUACUCUCUCUUCAUCUACACUGCCACCUCCUCGUUUGGGCCGCAAUGGACUCCUGCUAUGAUGAGGAGGGUGCCCCAAGCCGUUGCAUGCCCAAGUUUGAGAACGUUGCCUUCAAUCGUUCUGUGGUGACAUCAAAUGUGUGUGGUUCCCCACCUGAAGACUACUGCAUGCAGACUGGCUCAACGCGCUCGUGCCACUACUGUGACUCGUCUGACCCAAACCUGAGCCACAAUGCCAGCCUCCUGACAGACUUCCACAGGAAUGAGGAGCCCACGUGGUGGCAGAGCCAGUCCAUGUACUAUGGUAUCCAGCACCCCAGUUCUGUCAACCUCACCCUCCACCUGGGGAAGGCUUUUGAGAUAACCUAUAUACGAUUGAAAUUCUACACCAGUCGGCCGGAGAGCUUCGCCAUCUACAAGCGCACAGAGGAGGAUGGGUCCUGGUUGCCUUACCAGUAUUACAGCGCCUCUUGUUGGAAGACCUAUGGGAAGGAUGUUAAGGCCUACAUUCGCCCAGGAGAUGAUGAGAGAACUGCUUUAUGUACAGAUGAGUUCAGUGAUAUCUCUCCCCUCACUGGAGGAAAUGUGGCUUUCUCCACCCUGGAGGGACGGCCCAGUGCAUACAACUUUGACCAAAGUGUGGUGCUGCAGGAAUGGGUGACAGCCACUGACCUACUCAUCUCCUUGGAUAGGCUUAACACCUUUGGAGACGAGUUCUUCAAGGAUGCUAAAGUGUUGCGCUCGUACUUCUAUGCCAUCUCUGAUUUCUCUGUGGGUGGCAGAUGUAAGUGUAACGGUCACGCCAGCGAGUGCGCUGAGGGGGAACAUGGUGGCCUGGUCUGUUCCUGUCAACAUCACACAGUGGGAGAUGACUGCCAGAGAUGUCACCCCUUUUACCAGGAUAGACCCUGGGCCAGGGCCACUGGGGACUCCGCCAACGAGUGUUUGAAGUGUAACUGCAGUGGGAGGUCAGGCGAUUGCGUGUUUGACAUGGAGCAGUACCGGAGCACUGGCAGUGGGGGGCGCUGUGUGAGCUGCAGAGACAACACUGAUGGGCCCCAUUGUGAACGCUGCAGAGAGAACCACUACAGGAAAUCUGCUGAAGAGCCCUGCCUCCCCUGCAACUGCAAUAUUAAUGGUUCAGUGAGCCUGCAGUGUGAUGUAGAAGGAAGGUGUGCAUGUCGAGGUGGCGUGACAGGGGAAAAGUGUGACACAUGUCGGGCUGACUUUCACUCGCUUGGCCCUGGUGGCUGCAGGCCGUGUGAGUGUGACCCCAGCGGGAGUGUGGACGACUGCUCUCCUCUGGAUGGACAUUGUUACUGUAAGCCAAAAGUGGAGGGAUACAGCUGUGACAGAUGCAAGCCAGGGUUUUUCAACCUACAAGAAGUAAACCCAACAGGCUGUCAACCGUGUUUCUGCUUUGGCCACUCACUGGCCUGCUCCUCGUCCAAUUACUAUGCUGCUAUCAACAUCACUUCUGACUUCACUGAAGAUCAGGAUGGCUGGAUUGGAGAGUUCUUUGGAGGGCAAGAGUACCCCCUGCUCUGGAAGGAAGGUGAAGUCUACUUGCUUCCUCUUACCGAGGAAGACAUCGGCUUCUACAAAGCCCCUGAGAAAUUCUUGGGUCACCAAGUCUACAGCUACGGCCAGCUCCUCUCCAUCACCUUCACCUCUGAGACCGCCGAGCUGCUCCCCGACCACGUCACUGUGCUCCUCCAAGGCUCUGGAAUCACCCUGUCUGCUGACCUUUCACCCCAACCAGUGCUUGACCAUGACUCUGGCCUCACUCCGCGGUACUCCUUCAUUGUCAGGCUUCAUGAAAAUGAGAUGAGAUUUAAACCUCCAUUGUCUGCCUUUGAGUUCCAACGUCUCCUGUACAACCUGACAGCUUUCAGAAUCAGCAACGCUGGAGGACACAACUACACAUCGCAGCUCGCAGGGGUAACCCUGACCUCAGCUUUCAUCUCCUCUGGUCCAGCCAGCCCUCCUGCCCCCUGGGUGGAAUCUUGUUCCUGUCCCCUGGGUUUUGCAGGCCAGUUCUGUGAGCGGUGCGCCCCGGGAUUCACCUGGGAAGACCCUGGCAGAGGGCCUUUCUCAACAUGUGUGCCGUGCAACUGCCACCAGCAUGGAACCUGUCACCCAGAGACAGGUGUGUGUGAGUGCUCAGACUUCACCACUGGGAUGACCUGUGAGCGCUGCCUGGAUGGUUACUAUGGAAAUGCUUUGAUUGGCACGCCUGGUGAUUGUCAGCCUUGCCCUUGCCCGGACCGUACCAGCUGUGCCCAAAUUGCAGAGACAGGACAGGUGGUCUGUACCAACUGCCCUACAGCACAGACAGGGAUGCGCUGUCAGAUGUGUGAAGAUGGUCACUAUGGUGACCCCUUGGGACAAUCCGGGGCAGCUCGACUGUGUGUGAGAUGCGACUGCAAUGGCAACGUGGACUUCAACGCGGUGGGAAUAUGUGACCACAUCACUGGGCGAUGUCUGAAAUGCCUGGGACACACAGAGGGCGACCACUGCCAACGCUGCCAGCGGGGUUUCUACGGUGAUGCCCUGAACCAGACAGCUGGCCAGAAGUGCAAGUCGUGCAGCUGCAAUCCUGCUGGAACCUCUGGGCAUGUAAAUGAAUGCCACCCUCAGACAGGAAAUUGUCAGUGCCUCACUCAUGUGACUGGACGGGAUUGCAGUUUUUGUGAAGUUGGCUUCUUCAACCUCCAACCAGGUGUAGGAUGUGAGAGGUGCAAGUGUAAUCCAAUUGGCUCGUCGUCCAUUGCGUGUCAUCCAAUCACAGAGCAGUGUGUGUGUCGUGCAGGAGUGGAGGGGAGACUGUGUGAUUCUUGCCGUCUGGGCUUCUUUGGAUUCUCGUCACGAGGUUGCAGAGCCUGUAACUGUGACCCAAUGGGCUCCAUUUCCAUGCAGUGUCACAGUAAUGGUACCUGCCACUGUCGCCAGGGCUUCGUGGGUUAUAAGUGUGACAAAUGUGAGUUGAACUAUUUCCACAACAGAGCCACACACCAGUGUGAGGAAUGCCCAGUUUGCUAUGGCCUUGUCAAGAAACAGGCAGAAAAGCUAAGGACUCGCCUGCAGGAUUUGGAGAAGCUCUUGGCUCACUUUGAUUGCCGAGGUAGAUUUGGGAAGCAGCACCACCUGCUGAAGUAUCACAUGGCCAGGCUUUAUGAGCAUGAGCACCAGAGGGAGGAUACUCUACCCAAUGCUCUGGAGGAUUUUCUGGCCUUCCAAGAAGCACGGGAGGCCUUCAUAAAACAAUUUUCCUUGCUGGAAGCUUCUACAGGCACACUCUUAGCCCAGCUGCAUGGCAUUACAUCUACUUUGAACUGCAGCAUCAGCAUGACAGGGGAAGAGAGGAAGGAGAGGAGGAAGGAUGAAGGGAGCAGGGGUGUGUGUCAAACCUUCACAGAGACUAUUUUCAUGAUCAGAGCAUCUCAGAAACAGCUAAAGCAGGCAACACUGGACCUGGACAACAUGAUCAUUCCUUUUGAGGUGGUGUCAGGACCUAACAAAUGGAAUAUUAUGGUCAAUGACUCACAGGUCCUAAUGAAAAGUCACAGAGAAAUGGCAGACCACGUUGAGGCCGUAGCCAGCAGGGCGGUAAGAACCUCAAAGCAGACCUUCGGUUUCCUGAUGGAUCUACUGCAGGACAACUCCACAGAGGAGUACAUCAGGAACCUAACGGAGCAAAUAACACAAAUGCAGCAGCAGAAGGAAAACCUGACAGUGCAGGUCAAUGAUACUGUAGCCAAACAGCUGGCCCUAGAGGAGGAAGCUGCUGGUUUAAAGCUUGCCCUGGGUAACAUCACAUCAUCCUUACAUCAGCUGGCUCUGACAGAUGCCAGCCCAUCACCAGAGCCUGACCAAACACAGCUCAACCAAACACAUCCAACCAACCACACAACAGAGUGGGGCAAGGACCUGCUAAAACAGACAGAAAAGCUGGACCGGCAAAUUCAGACAAAAGACAAUCUCAUCAGUAAGCUCAGAGAGGAGAUGGAGCCUCUAAAACAGACUGCCAAUAAGAAACUGGAAAUGGUGGAUGACAUCAAUGAGCUCCAAGCUCGUGUUCAUGGGGCAAAGGUCAUAGCUUUGUCGUCCGUGGUGACAGGGAAAGAGGUGGAAUCAGACGCCAUCGCCCUGCACAGAGAACUAGAAAACAUGGUGAGGGAGUGGCCCCGUCAGCAGGCCCAGACCCAGGCUGCAGUGAAGAAGGAGAGACCCCUUGAGGUAAAGGUUCUAGCUGAUGUCAGGAAAAGGGUCUCACAGAUUGAGAAGAUGCUAAAUCCAGCUCUGGAAAACUCCAGCCUCUCAAGCAACACCACAAAGGAGGCGGAACAAACAGCACAUGCUGUGGCAAAGGAAUCCAAAGCCAUUCUGACCCAGGCCAAGCAUACCAGGACUGCAUCUGCUCACCUUAGCUCCCAUAUAGACUCUGCUUUACAACAGCUGGCUGAUCAGGAGAUGCUAACUGACACAGCAAACUCCCAGAUCACCUCAGAGCCGGAGGUCUCCCUGACCAGCAUAAGGGAAGACAUGGAAGCAGCCAAGCUCCAGUUAAAGGCCUAUUCUGUUACACUAACUGAGCUAAUCAGCAAGAUUGAUGGGAACGUGCCGCUGGAAAGCUUUGACCGAAUCUUGAAUGAGACAGCGCGCCGUCUGAGCAUGCUUCGCGGGAGUGUUGAGAGCCCAACGCUGGGCUCAAAGAUCCAGAAGCUGCAUUCGGCUGCUAAGGAACAAGAGAGCCGGAUGUCCCUCAUUGAACAGGACUUACAGGAGAUCAGGGAGGAGAGAGACAGUCUCAGGGACAUUGCCUUAAACCUGCCCAAGUCCUGUCCCCAGGCCACAGGAACAGGCAAAGGAUAGAUAAUAUAGAUGACUGGGAUUAGGUCAUUGAUUAGGCAGCUGAAGUCAGCAAAGUCUGGGAGUUUGUUAAUAACAGGGGCUAUGGUCAUUUUUUAUUCUGCUUCAAAAAAAUCAGUAAUAUCCUUUCAUAUUCUUCCCUCUUUCCACCUUUUGCCCCAAGGUACAAUUUAUUUUACCACCUCAAUACACUGACACGCAUUUCCACCAAAAGCCACAGACUUAUCCACUGUCUCCCAUGAUUUAUACCUAAUCUUUUUUUCUCCCACUCUCGUUUUUACCAACAACAUUAGAACUUUAAUUUCACCAUGAAUAAUAACCAGCCGUUCUGAACUGCUGGAGUGCACUGUCAAGUUUAAAAUAAUGCUGAUUUUCCUUUGUGGGGGUAAAAGGUGUGUCUGAGUACUCCUCCAGACUGACAAAUUCAUUUACACUUGAGCUCUUUUUCAUCAGCAUCUCUUAAUUAACAAUUAGUCCUCUUGGCCUCGGUGGGGUUCAGGUCAGGCUUCAACAACACACAACCUGUGUUCGGGAUUCUUACAUUGCCUACCUCUCUGUUUUUGUGGUUUCUCAUUUUUCUUUCUCUCUGUGUCUCAAAUGGUCAAACAUCCCUUGUCUUUGGGUCAUGGUUGGUCACACUGUCUGGCUACUGGUGACCAAAAUGUAAAAGCUAAUGAUCUUUGUAUUACAAAUACUGUAUUGAUAAGACUCAUGAAGUGAUAGUAUACCAAAAUUAUGUAUGAGGCACAUUUUUCUGUUUUUAUCAAUGCUGAAUAACUGAUCAGGGAUCAGACUUAGACAAAUGGUCUCAUCCAUAUGUCCCAGUUACACAUCUACAUCUACUUAUAGUAAGAGUACGUAAGGCCUUCACAUAGAAACCAUUACAUUAUAAAGUAUACUUGAAAGGGACAUUUUUCAGACUAAAAUAUCUCUUAAUUUUUAGUGGAUACUAUUGUACUGUGCAAUGCGCAAUGAUAUAAAGCUUAAAUUUGUAGAUGGUGGUUCAAGGAACUCUAUGAAAACAAAAACAAAAAAUAAAACAAGCAUUCAAUCCUU